AGACGUAGCGAAGAGACAACCUGUAAGCUGUAACUCUACGACGUUUCUACCUCUGCUCUACUUUGGCCUCCGUCUUUCCCUCUCCCCUCUGUCGCAUCUGCUGCUUUCUUUGUUUCUCUCCUCGUUGAUCCUGUAACUACUUCGCUAGUUCGCUACAAUGACUGAUACAACAGAUGAUAUUGCAGAAGAAAUCUCGUUUCAGGGCUUUGAAGACGACUGCAGGUUACUUGGAAGCUUACUCAAUGAUGUCCUUCAGCGAGAAGUUGGGACUGAAUUCAUGGAGAAAGUAGAAAAGAAUCGAGUCCUCGCUCAGAGCGCUUGUAAUAUGAGGAUGGCGGGGAUCGAGGACACGGCUGAGUUGAUCGAGAAGCAGAUGGCAUCGCAGAUAUCAAAUAUGACUCUUGAAGAAGCAUUUUCACUGGCUCGGGCUUUCAGCCACUUUCUCAACUUGAUGGGUAUUGCUGAGACCCAUCAUAGUGUGCGUAAGGCUCGUAAUAUAGCCCAUUUGUCAAAAUCUUGUGAUGACAUUUUUAAUCAGUUGAUACAGGGAGGGGUUCCUCCCGACGAGCUCUAUAAUACAGUUUGCAAGCAGGAGGUUGAGAUUGUUCUUACUGCACAUCCCACCCAAAUAAACCGACGUACCUUACAAUACAAACACAUUAGAAUUGCUCAUCUUCUCGAGUAUAAUGAUCGCCCAGAUCUCAGCCAUGAAGACAGGGAGAUGUUGAUUGAAGAUCUGGUGAGAGAGAUAACUGCAAUAUGGCAGACAGAUGAGCUAAGGCGCCACAAACCUACACCUGUAGAUGAAGCUAGGGCUGGUUUGCACAUAGUGGAGCAGUCUCUUUGGAAAGCUGUACCUCAUUAUUUACGCCGUGUCAGCAAUGCCCUGAAGAAGCAUACAGGAAGACCACUGCCAUUAACUUGCACACCCAUAAAGUUUGGCUCUUGGAUGGGAGGUGACAGAGAUGGAAAUCCAAAUGUAACAGCAAAGGUAACAAGAGAUGUCUCUUUGUUAUCUCAGUGGAUGGCAAUUGAUCUCUACAUUCGGGAGGUUGACAGCCUUAGGUUUGAGCUUUCCAUGAAGGGAUGUAGUGAGAGAUUGUCAAGACUUGCUCAUGAGAUCCUACAUAAAGAAACUGCAUCUGAGGACUGGAAUGAGAGUUGGAACCAAACACUAAACAGAAACCAGUUGAAGCAUCACAAUCAGCAAGUUCCUGCUUUGCCCACACAACUUCCGGUUGGUGCAGAUCUGCCAUCCUGCACGGAAUGCAAUGAUGGGGACUCCCAAUAUCCUAGACUGGAACUCCCAGGCACUAAUUUCAUGCCAACAAAUCAUCAGGAUGAUCAGGCUUCAAGUUCAGAUGUUUCAUCUACUCAAAAUAUGCAAAAAGCAUUUGAAAAUGAAAAUGUAGCUUCAGGAAGCACCUUGACUUCUUCUAGUACUCUUCAGUCAGCUGUGACUCCAAGGGCUGCUUCUUUUAGCUCUAUUCAACUCCAUUCUCAGACAAAACGAUUUGCAGAAUCUCAGAUAGGGAGGUCCAGCUUCCAGAAACUUCUAGAGCCAAGCCUACCUCAACGUCCUGGAAUAGCUCCUUAUAGAAUUGUGCUUGGGAAUGUAAAAGAUAAGCUUAUGAGAACAAGAAGACGGCUAGAGCUUCUCCUUGAGGAUCUUCCCUGUGACCAUGAUCAUUGGGAUUACUAUCAGACGACAGAUCAACUUUUGGAACCACUGCUUCUCUGCUACGAGUCCCUGCAAUCAUGUGGAUCUGGAGUCCUUGCUGAUGGGCGUCUUUCAGACUUGAUCCGAAGGGUUGCUACCUUUGGGAUGGUAUUAAUGAAGCUUGAUUUGCGUCAGGAAUCUGGAAGACACACUGAAACUUUGGAUGCUAUUGCUAAAUACUUGGACAUGGGUGUCUAUAGUGAGUGGGACGAAGAAAGAAAACUGGAAUUUUUGACUAGGGAACUCAAGGGAAAGAGACCUCUAGUUCCUCCAACCAUACAUGUUGCUCCAGAUGUGAAAGAAGUAUUGGACACCUUCCGUGUUGCAGCUGAAUUAGGAAGUGAUUCUCUUGGAGCAUAUGUGAUUUCCAUGGCCUCUAAUGCAAGUGAUGUCCUUGCUGUGGAGCUCUUACAGAAAGAUGCCCGGCUUGCCCUUAGUGGGGAGCUUGGAAGACCAUGCCCUGAGGGAACGUUGCGGGUGGUCCCCUUAUUUGAAACAGUAAAAGACUUGAGAGCAGCUGGUUCAGUGAUCAGGAAGUUGUUAUCAAUUGAUUGGUACCGGGAGCACAUAAUAAAAAACCAUAAUGGGCACCAAGAGGUGAUGGUUGGGUACUCAGAUUCUGGUAAAGAUGCUGGGCGCUUUACUGCAGCGUGGGAACUCUACAAAGCCCAAGAAGAUGUUAUAGCUGCCUGUAAAGAAUAUGGAAUUAAAAUUACAUUGUUCCAUGGGCGUGGUGGCAGUAUUGGUCGUGGUGGUGGACCCACUUAUCUUGCCAUACAAUCCCAACCUCCUGGUUCUGUGAUGGGAACACUCCGCUCAACAGAACAAGGUGAGAUGGUGCAAGCCAAGUUUGGACUGCCCCAAACAGCUGUUAGGCAGCUGGAAAUAUAUACUACAGCUGUACUGCUUGCCACUCUUCGUCCUCCAACCUCACCUCGAGAAGAUAAAUGGCGCAAUCUUAUGGAAGAGAUCUCCAAAAUAAGUAGCAAUAAUUACCGAAGCACCGUGUAUGACAACCCAGAAUUCCUCUCCUACUUUAAUGAGGCUACACCACAGGCUGAGCUAGGUUUUCUUAAUAUUGGAAGUCGACCAACAAGGAGAAGAAGCUCAACAGGAAUUGGGCAUCUUCGUGCCAUACCAUGGGUGUUUGCAUGGACCCAAACACGCUUUGUGCUUCCUGCUUGGCUUGGGGUUGGUGCUGGCCUCAAGGGUGCAUGCGAGAAGGGACACACAGAGGACUUAAAAGCAAUGUACAAAGAAUGGCCUCUCUUUCAAUCCACCAUUGACCUUAUAGAGAUGGUAUUGGCAAAGGCUGACAUCCCUAUAGCCAAGCACUAUGAUGAAGUUCUUGUAUCAGAGAGCAGGAAGGAACUUGGUAUAGAGCUAAGGAGGGAACUCUUGACAACAGAGAAGUAUGUGUUGCUUGUUAGUGGCCAUGAGAAGCUGUAUGAGAACAACAGGAGCUUGAGACGACUAAUAGAGAGUAGGCUCCCAUAUCUCAACCCAAUUAACAUGUUACAGGUGGAAAUAUUGAGGAGGUUGCGAUGUGAUGAAGAUAACAAUAAACUUAGAGAUGCACUUCUUAUCACCAUCAAUGGAAUAGCUGCUGGCAUGAGAAACACAGGUUAAGCGAAUAUAGGAGCUUCAGUUGUAAAGUAACUCAUUACGGUAUCAAAGGUAAGCUGUCUGGUGUUUUGUUUUCCCUUUCUUAUUUGGUUAAGUACCAUGGGAUUUGUAUUUGGCAUAAGAUACUCCUAAAGUUGGAAUUUGGAAAUGCUGAAAGGUUACAGAUGCUCACAUGCAAA